AAAGGCAGAUCAGAAAUGCUGGAGGUUCCAACAGUUCUCCUUGCUGGCUCAGAUUGUGAUAGAUGGUGGAGGAGUAUGCAUUCCAGAUCAAGAUUCUUCGGCCUGCAUCCAUGAUGGCCGACAAGAUUAGCAGCCAUAUUGGUAGUUGUACCACUGGUUCAGGGUGGGCCCAGGAAAAAGAACCCCUUGAUGAGGCUGAAAUAACAAGCAUAGCACAGAUCUCCAUGGAGCAACCAUGCCGAAAUGGUCAGCCUGUUACUCGAGCGUGGCGCAUCGCCAGACCCCGUUGACGACAAGGGCGACACGCCGCUGCUCAGGGAUCUAAGUCUCGGCAAGAUGAAGGCGGCAAGGGUGUUGAUAAAGAAUGGGGCAAAGCUCGAUCCAGUCAAUCAGUAUGGCCUGACGCCUCUAUUGAGAGCUGUAUUAUCCAGCGACGUGGCUGCCGUGUCGUUGUUGAUUGAGGAGGGCGCGGUGGUGGAUCUCUGUGCGGAAUUCUCGUGA